AUGACAGCUAACAAACAACCGUUAAGUGCCGCAACAAAUCGCCAAAAAUUGAAAACUGUGGGAAUACUGCUGCACGUCAGGGACGCCGCAAAAGCCACGCCAAGCUCACACAUAGCUACAAAUCUCGUUUGCCCAUGGUGGGUCGCGUACACAGAGAGAAAACGUGGGGACCAAAAAUUAGGAGUAUUAAAAUGGCAGAUUCGCCGUGCUUAA